AUGUUGAGAAGCCUUCACCAACACUCUACUCACUGCCCCAUCUUACCUCUACUGAGACUCUCUUCUCUCCUCUUUCUCUUCUCUCUCCUCACUAACCAUGGCCACCUUGUCAAAGCUCACAUCUUCAUGUAUGCAGGCUGUUCUCGAGAAAAAUACCAACUCAAUUCACCCUUUGAAACCAACCUCAACUCUUUACUAUCUUCAGUUAUUAGCUAUUCAUCUCAGGCCUUAUAUAACAGCUUUGCUCCUGGAAAUGAUAGUUCUACAUCCCCGCAAAGCGCGGUUUUUGGUUUAUAUCAGUGUAGAGGUGAUCUAAAGGCAAUUGACUGUUCCAGAUGCAUUUCAAGUGCUGUUAGCCAAAUUGGGUUGGUGUGUCCUUACACAUAUGGGGCUAGUCUGCAAUUAGAUGGUUGUUUUGUGAGAUUUGAGCACACAGAUUUUCUGGGAAAACUGGACACAAGUCUUAGAUACAGAAAGUGCAGUAGAAGUGUGAGUAAUGAUGUGGAGUUUUUUCGGCGAAGAGACGAUGUUCUCGCUGAUUUGCAGGGUGCAAUAGGGUUUAGGGUUAGUUCUUCAGGUUUGAUUGAAGGUGUUGCACAGUGUUUGGGGGAUUUGAGUGCAGUGGAUUGCUCUUCUUGUCUUUCUGAGGCUCUUGUGAAGUUGAAGAGUUUGUGUGGAUCUGCUGAGGCAUCGGACGUGUUCUUGGCGCAGUGUUAUGCUCGGUACUGGGCAUCUGGCUACUAUGAUGCUUCUUCUGAUUCCUCCGACAAGGAUGAAGUAGGAAAAACAGUAGCCAUAAUCGUCGGCGUAGUGGCAGGCGUCGCAGUGGUGAUAGUUCUUCUCUCAUUUUGCAGAAAAGCAGCAGGUGAGUAUUUUCUUCAUCCUUAUCAUAAUAAUAAUGAUGAUGAAGGGUCAUCAUGGAUGCAGGUUGAGGGGAAGGAGAAGGGUGGUUUUCACUAA